AUGGCGAGCAACGGUCUUGACAGCACCUCCUUCAUACUGGCGGCUUUGACUGCCUCUGGCGGAAUCGCCGGCUUCGCAAGGACAGGAUCGGUCCCUUCCAUUGUCGCAGGCUGUAGCGUCGGCCUUCUCUACGGACUUGGUGGCUACCGUAUCCACAGCCGCCAGCCAUACGGCCUUGAGCUGAGCCUGUUGGCGUCCGUGGUCCUCGGAGGGUCGGCCAUCCCCCGUGCUAUUAGGCUUCGCAAGCCCGUUCCCGUCAUCCUGAGUGUUAUUGCGACAUUCGGUAUGGUGACUUUCGGCCGAGCCCUGUACCAGCGUGCCUGA